GGCUGUAAAAAUGCGACCAACAAAAAGUCCAAAACUAUCGAUCAAAAUCUACUGAAAAUUCUACCAAUCUUCUAAUAAAUCCACCAACAACCUCACUUGUUUUGCUUCAUUGUUAAUUUGUUAUACGAAUAUACUCCUUUUAUUUCUACAUUUCCGCCAUUUUUAGGUACCAACAUUUACUACGUUACUUUACUCUGCUCACUCUCUUUGCUCUUCCACCCUUCAAUUUCUCUCUCCUUCGCCGGAAAAAAUGGCGAUGAAAUCUUUCGUCGAAGUUUCGGCGGAAUCUCACUUCCCUCUCCAGAACCUUCCUUACGGAGUUUUCAAGCCGGAAUCCGGUUCACUUCCUCGACCGGGAGUUGCUAUUGGCGAAUUUGUCCUUGACCUUUCUGAAAUUUCUUCCGCCGGUUUAUUCUCCGGUCCAAUUCUCAACGGUUCUGAUUGCUUCAAUCAGCCCACACUUAAUAAAUUUCUGGAAAUGGGUCGUCCUGCAUGGAAGGAAGCACGUGCCACAAUUCAGAAGCUACUAUCUGAAAGCGAGCCAACAUUGCGUGACAACACAAACUUGAAGCAGAAAGCGCUGAUCCCUAUGAGCAAGGUGGAGAUGCUUGUCCCUAUGACCAUUGGAGACUAUACGGACUUCUUCUCAUCUAUGCAUCAUGCGAAGAAUUGUGGGAUCAUGUUCCGAGGCCCAGAGAAUGCAAUUAAUUUGAAUUGGUACUAUCUUCCUAUUGCAUAUCAUGGGCGUGCAUCGUCUGUUGUCAUCUCUGGAACGGAUAUUGUGAGACCAAGGGGGCAGGGACCUCCGUCUGGCAACUCCCCCCCUUACUUUGGGCCUUCCCGGAAGUUGGAUUUUGAGCUAGAAAUGGCUGCUGUAGUUGGUCCAGGAAAUGAACUGGGGAAACCUAUUGAUGUCAAUAAUGCUGCUGAUCACAUCUUUGGGCUUGUUCUGUUGAAUGACUGGAGUGCUAGAGACAUUCAAGGUUGGGAAUACGUUCCUCUUGGACCUUUCCUAGGGAAGAGUUUUGGUACGACUAUCUCGCCAUGGAUUGUAACUCUAGAUGCUCUUGGGCCUUUUGCUUGUGAUGCCCCGAAACAGGACCCACCUCCGAUGCCAUAUCUGACUGAGAAGACAUCCAAUAAUUAUGAUAUACAAUUGGAGGUUCAACUCAAACCUGCUGGGCAGGAUCCCUGUGUAGUGACCAAGAGCAAUUUCAGGCAUCUAUACUGGACAGUGACUCAACAACUUGCUCAUCAUACAAUUAAUGGUUGCAAUUUAAGACCUGGUGAUCUCCUUGGGACUGGAACAAUAAGUGGUCCAGAGCCUGAUUCUCUUGGAUGUUUGUUGGAGCAAACUUGGAAUGGACAAAAGCCACUUUCUUUGAAUGGAACAUCAAGGACAUUCUUAGAAGAUGGAGAUGAGGUCAUCUUUACUGGUGUUUGCAAGGGAAAUGGGUACAACGUCGGAUUCGGAACAUGCUCGGGGAAGAUUUUGCCAUCACCUCAAUAAGGCCCUCGCCCCUCUGUUGUAUGAUGCACUAGUGAAUAGUAUUACCUAAAAUAAGUAUUCCUUGUGUUCAAAAUAUCAGCUCUGCGUUUGAAACUGAUCAUUAUUCUUUCUCCCAGGCUGAUUACACAAUUAAAUUCACUAUCUAUCUGUAUUGACAUUUUUAUAUCUUUGUAAUUAUGUUAGCACUUACUAUUCCUCAUGCUUCAAA